AAAGAAAAAGAAAUAGAAAUAGAAAAAGAAGAAGAAGAUGAUAAGGAGCGAAGGUUAGAACGAUAAAAAAUAAUCCUGUGUUGUUUUUCUUCCAUCGACGACUCGCUCGUUUGCAAUCACAUCGUCCUCUGAUUUUGGCGUUCGGUAGGCGUCCAACUAAGACAGGAAGAAAGGAAGGAAGGAAGUUGAAAGAGAGAGGUCGUAAAAGAGGCGGUAAACGUGCAUCGAUCGUGGCAGCGAUUCGUCGCACGUUCAUCCGGAUUUCUGUGAAAGAGAGAGAAGGAAAGAGUGAGGGAAAGUGCGAGACGCAUCAGAAGGGAGGGGAAGACACAAAGAGAGGGCAAGAGGGAGUUUGGCGUUGCCAGCGGAAAGAGGCAAGGCAGGAUAGAGGAAGGUCACGCGCCGGCACGGCUGGAGUCGGUGCGAAAUGGCUUGGGGCUACUGGAGCGCGACUUCCGUCAGCGAUCGAAGUCGGUCGCCACGUCGAGAAAAGGACAAACAACAACAACAGCAACAGCAACAUCAAACGUCGCAUCAACAACAGCAGCAACAACAGCAACAAUACCAGGAAUUGCAGAGUGGCUAUGGGAUUCAGCAGGUGCAGGUCGAGUCUGGCGGAGGCCUAGCACAGGAGGAACCACCCCGCGGCACGAUGAUCCAAGCUGGUUCUUUUUACUAUACCGCAGCAACAACGGCAGCCGCCGCGGCGGCCGCAGCCGCAGCCGCGGCUGGACGUCGAAUCGGUGCUACGAUCGAGGGUCCUUCUGUUGCCUCAUCUACAAGCGGCAUACAAAUGUUACCGAGAGAACGACAUGUGAAACCACCACCGGUAGCCAAUUAUCCGCCUUCGCCUGGUAGCGACUCCGGUGAUUACGAACAAACACCCCUUGGUGUUGGUAUUGGCGGGUCUCGAGGUGCCGAGUGCUCGCCACCGCCCUUACCUCUUGCAGUCAGUCCACAUGGUAUUGCCGGCGCUGUUCUCGGUCCUGGUGCUGACAUCCUGGCACAACCCUGCUCCUCCUCCAGGAUGAAGCUACUCGCCGACGAGGCGGCCGAGGAAUUCUCGGACGUCGACUCAGCCGGUCCUGAGAUUAUCUACCCGAGCAAUGGCCGUGGUAUCGGCACCACUGGCUGCCUAUUGCACGGUCCCUGCGCUGCUAAUCCACCGCCGGAACCCGCGCCUCCUAUACCCCCUCUCCUGGACGAACACACCUCGGCACCCUCGCACAUUUGGUUCAACGAAAUCACCUGGGUUUUUCCAAAUGUGCCGCCCGCCCCAGGAAUGCCUUGUCAAGGAGAAGACAGAAGCAUAUACAGACGCGGAGCACGUAGGUGGAGGAAGCUGUACCGGGUGAAUGGACAUAUAUUUCAGGCGAAACGCUUCAAUCGGCGGGCGUUCUGCGCGUUCUGCCAGGAUCGGAUCUGGGGACUGGGUCGACAGGGAUUCAAGUGUAUCCAAUGCAAGCUUCUUGUACACAAGAAAUGUCACAAGGUGGUGCGGAAGCCCUGUUUGAGCAUGCAACAGCAGCAACAACAACAACAACAACAACAAUUGCAGAGCACGGAAUCCCAGACGAUCGACAGGAACGGAGAUCAACAACAGCCUGAUUCUCUCCGUUGCAGUCCGGCUGCUCAUCUCGAAGACGAGAUUGUUGAGUCGCCGAUCGUCGAGGAGCACUCACGUAAUCGAACCAGCAGUUACGAAGGGGAAGAAUUGGCACUGGACACGGGUACCGGGGCUGAUAAUUCAAACGAUAUGCAGAGACAGUACUCGUUGAACGAUUUCGAACUCAUCCGGGUUAUCGGUCGUGGCUCAUAUGCAAAAGUUCUCAUGGUCGAACUUAAACGUACCAAGAGGAUUUAUGCGAUGAAGGUGAUUAAGAAGGCAUUGGUAACAGAUGACGAGGACAUUGACUGGGUGCAAACGGAGAAGCAUGUAUUUGAGACUGCCUCGAAUCAUCCCUUCCUCGUUGGCCUUCAUUCGUGUUUCCAAACACCCUCGCGACUCUUCUUUGUUAUCGAAUUCGUCCGAGGUGGCGAUCUUAUGUUUCACAUGCAAAGGCAGCGUCGACUUCCGGAAGAGCAUGCACGCUUCUAUGCUGCUGAAAUUAGUCUUGCGUUAAACUUCUUACACGAGAAAGGUAUAAUAUAUCGAGAUCUAAAGCUGGAUAACGUAUUGCUGGAUCAUGAAGGACACGUCAAGUUAACGGAUUAUGGAAUGUGCAAAGAGGGUGUCCGAGAAAGUGACACUACUGCUACUUUCUGUGGGACACCUAACUACAUAGCUCCAGAGAUAUUGCGUGGAGAGGAUUAUAGCUUUUCAGUCGAUUGGUGGGCUCUUGGCGUUUUAUUGUACGAAAUGCUUGCGGGUCGUAGUCCUUUCGACAUAGCUGGUGCUUCGGAGAAUCCCGAUCAGAAUACUGAGGAUUAUCUCUUCCAAGUAAUAUUACAAAAGACGAUUCGUAUUCCGCGAUCGUUAUCGGUAAAGGCUGCUUCCGUCUUGAAAGGCUUCCUUUGCAAGGAUCCCGCUGAAAGACUCGGUUGCGGGAAGAGGCCUUCGGCUUUUAUCGAUAUAGUCACACAUUCUUUCUUCAAGGCUAUCGAUUGGGAAAUGCUUGAACAUAAGCAAGUCACGCCGCCAUAUAAACCACGCUUGGAUUCUGACCGAGAUUUGGCUAACUUCCCGCCAGAGUUCACCGAUGAACCAGUACAUCUGACGCCGGACGAUCCGAGAGUUAUUGAUAAGAUUGAUCAAAGCGAGUUUGAGGGUUUCGAAUACGUGAAUCCGUUAUUAAUGUCUCUGGAGGAUUGUGUGUGACAAGAGCCGCUCAUAGUAAUGCCACGGCACAUUCAAGAACAGCAACAGCAACAGCAACAACAAAUGCAAGAGUUUUACAUGGAAGAAUUGUCGAACAAAUUGUCAAAGUUACGAAUCGAUCCCCUCCUUCGUAUAAGUUCUGAAAAUCAGGGAUAUCAUAACGACGUUUUCGUAAUGACCUAUUCGCAGGAAAAUGAGAACGACAAUAAUUACAACGAGUAUCAUCUGCCGCCAAUCUUCCCGUUUCGAUACGAAAGGCCGAUGUGCUCCCGUUCUCUUAGUAUUACUGAUGUCACUUAUGAUUCCGGUAACAAUAACAGCAACAGCAGCAGCAGUAACAGCAACAAAACGGAUAAUAACAACGCGAUUGUCGCUACUAACAAUUAUGAUGAAAAUGAUUACGAUGACGUGGAGGACGAGAGUCCUAGAAAGGGACUAUUGAAGCAAAUAUUUUGCCUUCCAUUAAAUUAAGAUCGUUAUACACACAUACACAUAAAAAUGGGGCGGUGGGGGGCUGCGUUUUUAAAAUGAAAUAAAAGAAAGAGAAGAUAAAAAAUAAAAAUACAAAAAAUAAUAUAAAAAGAAAGAAGGAAGAAAUAUUCGCUUCCCGGUAUUAUUAUAAUAAUAUGAUAAACGAUGAUCAAUUAUAUCCAUCGUCAUUUUUUUUUUAUAAACAAAGACAGAUAUGAGAUUUGAGGCCUACGACAAUGUUGCGAACUUUUAUCAAAGUUCUCUCGUCUGACUUCUGUCAAAGUAGACGAGCGCAUUCGAAUUUGUCAUACGUUCAUAUAUAUAUAUAUAUAUAUAUACACACAUAUGUGAUAUAUGCUUUCAUAUAUAUAUAUACUUACACAUUAUAGGAAUUGUACCCUUACUUUAAUUCUCUUGACAUGGUGCUGCAAUAUGAAUUUAUUCUAUUAACGUCUAACGUUAUUUUCAGCUACUUUUAAUGCUGGGAAAUGUGGUUAAAGAAAAACAUUAAAGAAGAAGUAGUAGAAGAUGAUGAUGAUUAUGAUGGCGAUGACGAUGAUGACGGUAAUGAUGAUAAUGAUAAUGAUGAUGAUGAUAAUGAUGAUAAUGAUGAUGAUGAUGAUGAUGAUGAUGGCGAUGAUGACAACGAUGACAACGAUGGUGAUGACGAUGAUGACGAGCAGGAAGGGGAGGUGGUGAAAGGAGAGAAGAAGAAGGAGGAAGAAG